GCCAGGCUGCUGCUCUCGCUCGAGCUCAGUGACUUCUCGUCAUUUUCUCGGUGUAGGUUCUCCUUUGCUUCCGAAGUGUGUCAUCCGAAAAACACGCAGCAGCACCAGCCAACAUAUUGCGGACGGAACUUGGCUGUGAAAUCCCUACUGGACGACGUGGAUCUCUGGAACAGCUGGAAGGAUGGAUUUCGGGAAGCUGCUUAGUGUAGCGCAGCGGAAUGCUGCCUCCGGGGCCCAGCAAAAAACCGAGUCCAAAUACUAUUCAACCAAGUUUGCUCCCCCGAAAAAGGAAACGAAGGAAAAAAAGCUUUCGGAAAAUAUUAAAAAGUUUUUGGCCAAAAAGGAACAGGAAGAGCGGGAAAAGGCCGCAGAGGAAAAGCGAAAACGGGAAGAACUGGCCGCCAAGCGGGAUCCCAAAAUGAAACGGAAGAUCGAAAAGAUGCUGAAGGUGAUCAAGUCGGCCAACAAGUCGGUCCUGGACGACGCCGUCAAUACGGUGGAUACGGCCGUUACCAUGGAUGGCCCGGAACAACCGGACGAGGACGAUUACGGGUACACAUCGAAUGUGGCCUCGGAGCUGUACCAAAAGCUGAUGGACAAGUACAAAAGCACCCCGGAGGAGAAAAAGUUCAAAGACGCCAAUAAGCGGGUGAUGAGCAAAGAAGAGAUGGAACGUGCCAAGGCCAGAGCGAAGCUGGCCAUCGAUAAGGUGCACGAGGAAGAGAACGCUCCGAGGAGCAGGAAACGCAAAGAGGGAGCUGAUAAGGACGAUGAUGAUGAAAUUGUAGGAGCAAGUGGAGAGCGCAAAAGACGAACAAAUCCGAAUUUAUACGACCCUGAUGAAGAGAAACGGAAAGAAGCGGAGAAGGCCAAAGAGGAAGCUGCCAAAAGGAGGGCCAAACGACCAAGUGCUCCUCCUCCGCCCGAUUUCGCCUCUUUGCUAAAGCUAGCUGAACAGAAGCAUUUGGAACCGGUCAAGAUCGAAACCCCAGCAAGUAAAAAGGAACCCGAACGUUUGAUGACUAAGAAAGAGAAACGGGAAUAUGAAGAGCGACAGGCAUAUCUAGAGGCCAAAAAGCUACGUGACAAAAUAAGAAACGAUCCCAAACUGUCUGAAAAGCAAAAGCAAAUGAAACUGGCAGCGUGCAUGAAACUUGGAACGGACAGCACCAAACCAAGUGGGACUCCAACAGGUGUAAUGGCUCCCAAUGGAAGAAUUCCCAAACUAAGUUCAGCCAGUAGUUCGGAAAAACCAUCUUCCUCAGGAAGUCCCAGACCGGCUCCAAGUUCCAGUUCUGUUCCAAAACCAUCUCGCCCUGACGAUAAGCGAUUACCUUCUAAACCAGAAACAAUGCCCAGCUCUAAAAGCAAACUGGAAGCGGCUCUCACCUCGAAAAAGCCUUCAUCACAACCUCCUCCGGGUCAAUUCAAGAAGCCAAUCUCAUCCUCCCAACUACAGUCAUCAUCUCUCUCUAAAAGUCAACUGCCUCCAUCUGCUAAAGGAGCUCCCCCAAGUAGACCUAGUAGUCAAUCUUCUUCCUCAAGCUCAUCUGCUAAUCGACCCACCAGCAGCAACAAUUCCGUACAAAAAACUCGACCAUUCCCCCCGGCAGACGUUCAAAAAACCCGCCAGUUCCCGCCGCCGGACGUCCAACGAUCUCGUCCCUUCCCACCGUCAGACAUCCAGCAACGCAAACGACCUGGCAUGGACUCUUCAUCGGCUUCCUUCGCCAAGAAACGUCGCCCGGUCAUCGAGGACAGCGACUCCGAGUACGAUUCCGAGAUGGACGAUUUCAUCGACGACGAAGAUGCCGACGAGGAUGUGUCGUCCCACAUCCGGGCCAUCUUCGGGUACGACAAGCGAUCCUACCGGGACGAAGAUUUCGACGAUCGGACCAUGGAGUCGACCUUUGCCCAGCAGCAACGGGAAGAGUUUAUCAGCAAGAAGAUCGGGUUGAUGGAGGAUCUGGAGGAUAUGCGUAUGGAGGAGGAGGAAAAGAAACGGAAAGCGAUGAUGAAGAAGAAAAUGAAAGGGAAAUAACUUUUUAUAAGCUUUUUACUAAAAGAAUACUGUUUUUGUUUUUUAAACCUUUAAAUUAAGUUAUCACUGAAAGUUGAGUUUUCCUUCCCUUUUUCCAUAGCUUUUAUCCAUAAUCAUAUUAUUUAUUGUAUGUAUAUCAACAACAAACUUAUAUAUCUAUGUAAGUUGAUUAGACGUCGUUCGACUUUUCGGUUACAAAUAACAGUUCGUCCCGGUUAGUGACGAACGUUUUUUUUGAACAUUUUUUAGAAAAGACACAAAUUUAUAACGUACAGAAAUCAAAAAUAGUAGUUUCUAAAGAGAAUUUAAAAAUUGUGCCGAUAAAAAAUAAAUAAACUUAUUUUCCCCAAAAAAUAACGACGACUCAGUGCCCCUUAUUGAGUGCAACGGUGCAACGUA